UCCAAUCACAGCUGAUCGCAUGUAAAUAUGGAAAUAGCAGUUAUCAGCAUUUCUCUCCUCACAAGCUGUCACGCUGACAGCCCAUGAGGAGAGGAGAGCUGGGGACAUCUACACUGAUCAUCAGGGCACUGAUGAGCAAGGCACUGAUGAUCAGUGUAGCCCCAUCAGUGCCACCUGUCAGUGUCUAUCAAUGCCACCUGUCAGUGCCCAUCAGUGCACAUCAAUACCACAUAUCAGUGCCUACCAGUGCACAUCAAUGCCACAUAUCAGUGCCCAUCUGAGCUGCCUUUCAGUGCCAACUAUCAGUGCCAGUCAGUGCCACCUAUCAGU